GACGCGAGCGGUAAGAUAUUGCGCUCAUUCCUUAUCUUUGUUCUAAAUCAAAAACACUUGAAAACGAUAUUUGUUAAUUUAAUGUAAAUACUAAAAUGUAACUCUUUCGUACGUUUGUAAACGUUUCAAAAUGAAGCGUUGAGUAUUUUACAAAUUAAGUAUUAAACUUGCAGUGUAUUGAUCGAUUAAACUAGCAUGUGUUUACACUUUUAUUGACAAUUUGUUGAUUUUGAAAGAGAAAGUUAGUUAUUGAAUUAACGAUCCACAAUUUACAACAAUGUCGAAUACCAAACCGGCAGAAGUCAUCGAUUUAGAUUCCGACGAUGACGUCCAAACUGUGCAGAAAGACAAGAAAAAAAGUUGUAAUACUAACUGCAUUAAUUUCACAUGUACCUCUGGUCAGGACAUGAGGCCUGCACCAUCCUUUGCUAUUGCAUUUUAUGGAGUCAACACUACCAAAAAGAAGAAGAAACGUCAUAUCUGCAAGAUUUGUUUUGAUAUCGCCUUAAAUCAUCAAGAACAACUAGUAAAUGCACUAUUGGAGCACAAACCACUGCUACAAUGUGAUUUCCCAGAUCAUACAAUGGAAGUUGAGAUUUCUGAUAGUGACGAAUCUGACGAUGGAUCAAAUAUUAAAGAUAUAUACGUGACAGAAGAUGUAUUAGAAGACUUUUCUAAAAGAGUAGAUCAAACAUUGAAAGAAGUAAUGAAAAAAUAUGACAUCAAUUAUCAAAUUGAAGAGGCAACGACAGCUCUUAAAAGUGAAUGGGAUGAAAUUGAUGAAAAAAAUAAGGCUUUGGAUAAAGACAUUGCAGACACAAUGACUAAGCUAGAUCAACUGCGUGCAUCAUUGUAUACUGAAUUCAAACCAACUAUUACCAUGGAAGAAGAGUUAAUAAUUGAUGAUACAGUUUCAAAUACCUCCAAUUAUCCUUUGGUGGCAACUAAGAAAGUCACUCAAGUUCGGGCACCAAUUAAACAGCAACCACACGAUAGUCAACCAGAGAUUUUACAAGAAGUUGAAAGGGAUAAUCGUUUAAUUCAUGUUAUGGACUUACCUCCUAGUGGUCUUUUAAUUAAACCUGUACCAGAGAUUGACGACUUUGUGUUCACUAUAAAGCAUCCAUUAUUUCCAUGGGUUAAAGGAAAGGUUGUAUCAAUUAUUUCCAAAAAUCCUAUGCAGUACAAAGUCAAAUUACUCCAAAAGAAAUAUGCUGGUCAAGUGAAAACACUAUCUGGCAAACAAAUGGCCUCUAACACUCCUAGUCCAGUUAUUAUCCCUGUUGGUACUCGAGUGGUAGCCAUUUUCCAAGAUCUCAACUCCAGUAACUACUACAGUGGAGUUAUUGCUGAACCUCCAAAGAUAGUCAAUAAAUUCAGAUACUUAAUUUUUUUUGAUGACGGAUAUGCUCAGUAUGUCAAACACAAAGACAUAUAUUUAGUCUGCGAUAGCUCUCCUCGCGUAUGGGAAGAUAUACCUAUGGAAUCUCGUGAUUUCGUCAAAAAGUACCUCGAAUCUUAUCCAGAGCGACCAAUGGUUAAGUUACAACAAGGUCAAGUAGUGAAAACCGAAUGGAAUGGCAAAUGGUGGAUCGCGCGUGUACGUGAAGUCGAUGCAAGUUUGGUACAAAUGCACUUUGACGCGGAUAACAGAACCGAAUGGAUCUAUCGUGGAUCUGCAAGAUUGGGACCGUUGUACUUGGAAUUAAUGAAAGCUAAUCUUAGACAACAGGGUUGUCACUCAUCAAUCAAUACACCUAGACGAGCUGCUGUCAAUAACAAAAACGGACCUUAUGUCGAAUACACGUCGAAUGCAACGGACGAGCGCGAUGCUCUUAUGUCCGACAAGAGCAAACAAGUUGCUACAGUCGAGGGUGCCCCAACUCAAGCUGCAGUUCCACAACAAAGCCGGGCUGUGGCCCGAAAAAGUACUGCGAAGAAACCAAGUCUUCCAGAAUCUCCAGCUGCAACGCCUUACAAUGCUAAUAUGGAGACAAAGUCUUCUCAUAGUAUUGUUUAUUACCAGACACAAAAUAAGAUACAAACGAAAAAGUUCGUACCACACCGUUGUGGAUCUGAUUGUGUCAAAAGUAUCUCCUUCACGCCAGAUGAUCUACGCGGUUACUCGCCAUUGUCUAUUCCUCUGCUAUGCGGUUGGAAUCGACAACUAUGCAAGUUCCCUAAGAACAAAAAGGUCAUUCUUUAUCAAGCUCCUUGCGGCGUUCGUCUUAGGAAUAUGGAAGAGCUUCAUCAGUAUCUGAGACUGACAAAGUGUCCGAUGUCGGUGGAUCUGUUCGAAUUUGAUUUCUGGGUGCAUUGUUUGGCAGAAUUUGUACUUGACAAGUGCUUUGUCAAUAUUAAGGAUUUAAGUUAUGGCGUUGAAAACGUACCGAUACCCUGUGUAAAUGAGAUUGAUCACGCGUACCCAGACACUAUCAAGUACACAACGCAACGUGAACCGUCAGAAGAUGUGCACAUGAAUCUCGAUCCGAACUUCUUGUGCAGCUGUGAUUGCGAGGACGAUUGCGCCGACAAGAACAAAUGUCAAUGCUGGCAACUCACCAUCCAAGGUGCUACACUUGGUGGUCGUGUACCCAAUGCUGCUGUCGGCUAUGUGUAUAAAAGGUUACCGGAGGCUGUUACUACUGGUAUUUACGAGUGUAAUUCUAGAUGCAAGUGUUCUGUGAAAACGUGCCUGAAUCGAGUAGUUCAGCACCCACUUAAUUUGAAACUUCAAGUGUUCAAAACUGCACCAAGAGGUUGGGGAAUACGUUGCCUCAAUGAUAUCCCACUAGGUUCCUUUAUUUGCAUUUAUGCUGGACGUUUGCUCACGGAACAAGGAGCCAACGAAGGCGGCAAAAAUUACGGAGACGAGUACUUGGCUGAACUCGACUACGUCGAAGUCGUCGAGGGUAUUAAAGAAGGCUACGAGAGUGACGUGCUGGAUCCCGAAUUGGCUCUUGAAGAUUCUGACUCUGAAAAAGAGAAGAACGAGAAAAAGGACGACGGAUCAGAUUUGCAAAAGGCUCCUUCUAAUGACUCUGAUGAUGACUUUAGUAUUGAUAAAAAGCUGCAGAAAAAUCUGAAUAUCGUCGACGAAGAUGAAGAUUCGAGGUCGUCUUCUAUCAGGAGCAGACUGAGAAAGAGAAAGAAAGCUGAAGAUAAUCUGACUUCUGACAAGUCAGAAGACGGCAGUGUGUCUAAGGAUGGACAAGAUAAAGCAGGUAGCGAUGAGGAAGAAGCCGUUCGUGAACCGAGUAAAUUUGAUCUCGCAGUCGACACGACGAAAAUUGACAAAGCACAGUUCAAAUCAGUCAGAGACUUCUUCGGAGAAGACGAAGCUGUUUAUAUUAUGGAUGCUAAGACUACUGGAAAUAUUGGACGUUAUCUUAAUCACUCUUGCGAUCCAAACGUUUUUGUCCAGAACGUAUUUGUUGAUACCCACGAUGUGCGCUUUCCGUGGGUCGCUUUCUUCGCUCUUAGUUACAUCCGAGCUGGCCAAGAGCUAACUUGGAAUUAUAGUUACGAUGUGGGAAGUAUACCUGGUAAAGUUAUUAUUUGCAGAUGUGGUGCCAGUAACUGCAGGGGACGUUUAUUGUAAAGAUCUCAACGUUUUAUUAUAAACAGUGUUAGUUUUACUUUCAAAUUAUUCUUUUUUAAUACUGUACAUAAUUUGCAUUGAAAAUAAAAAGAUCAUUGGAUAAAUUGAACUCGAAUUUUAAA